AUGGACACUAUCGCAACCUCGACACUCGCACGCAGGGCGUCCUUCAGCGCUUACACGAAGCGGGCAAGCCUAAGUACCUCGACUGUUGAGAGACCCCGUCAAACCACGCCGUUACUCAGUCAGGAAAGCAAAGGCAGUAUUGUUGAGCACGCACUCACUACCCUCGACCAGAUCGCGAAUUGGGCUCGCCAGGGGUCUCUUUGGCCGCUGAGUUUUGGACUCGCUUGCUGCGCCCUCGAGAUGAUGCAUUGCUCGAUGCCUCGCUACGAUCAAGACCGACUAGGCAUCAUCUUUCGCGCGUCGCCACGUCAGUCAGACGUGAUGAUCGUCGCUGGAACGGUAACAAACAAAAUGGCACCUGCAUUGCGUCAAGUGUACGAUCAAAUGCCGGACCCAAAGUGGGUAAUUUCCAUGGGUAGCUGCGCAAAUGGAGGUGGCUACUACCAUUACAGCUAUAGUGUGGUCCGAGGAGUGGAUCGCAUUGUGCCUGUGGACAUCUAUGUGCCGGGAUGCCCUCCAACGGCAGAAGCACUAUUGUAUGGAGUGUUCCAACUGCAGAAAAAGAUGAGACACACCAAGACGAGCCGUAUGUGGUACAGGAAGUAG